GGCUCGCCGGGUCACGUGAGCCAAUUUUCGCGCGAAAACUGCCGGAGCAGCGGGGAGCAGCGCGCGGAUGGCGGAAUCAUCCGAGUCUUUCACCAUGGCCUCCAGCCCUGCCUCUUCAUUGAGGCGGCGGCGCAACAACGAUCCUCUGGCCUCCAGUCCUGGCCGUAGCUCCCGGCGCACUGAUGCCCUCACCUCCAGCCCUGGCCGAGACCUUCCACCCUUUGAGGAUGAGUCUGAGGGGCUGCUUGGCACAGAGGGACCUCUGGAGGAAGAGGAAGAGGAUGGAGAGGAGCUUAUUGGAGAUGGCAUGGAGAGGGACUACCGAGCCAUCCCAGAGCUGGACGUCUAUGAGGCGGAGGGACUGGCCCUAGACGACGAAGACGUAGAGGAGCUGACGGCCAGCCAGAGGGAGGCGGCCGAGCGGGCCAUGCGGCAGCGAGACCGGGAGGCUGGCCGGGACCUGGGCCGUAUGCGCCGUGGGCUCCUAUACGACAGCGACGAGGAGGACGAGGAACGCCCCUCCCGGAAGCGCCGCCAGGUGGAGCGGGCCACGGAGGAUGGCGAGGAGGACGAGGAGAUGAUUGAGAGCAUCGAGAACCUGGAGGACCUCAAGGGCCACUCCGUGCGGGAGUGGGUGAGCAUGGCAGGCCCUCGGCUGGAGAUCCACCACCGCUUCAAGAACUUCCUGCGCACCCACGUGGACAGUCACGGCCACAAUGUCUUCAAGGAGCGCAUCAGCGACAUGUGCAAAGAGAAUCGAGAGAGCCUGGUGGUGAACUACGAGGACCUGGCAGCCAGGGAGCAUGUCCUGGCUUACUUCCUCCCUGAAGCGCCAGCAGAACUGCUGCAGAUCUUUGAUGAGGCUGCCCUGGAGGUUGUGCUGGCCAUGUACCCCAAGUACGACCGCAUUGCCAGUCAAAUCCAUGUGCGCAUCUCCCACCUGCCACUGGUGGAGGAGCUGCGCUCACUGAGGCAGCUGCACCUGAACCAACUGAUCCGCACCAGCGGGGUGGUGACCAGCUGUACAGGCGUCCUGCCCCAGCUCAGCAUGGUCAAGUACAACUGUAACAAGUGCAGCUUCGUGCUAGGGCCCUUCUGUCAGUCCCAGAACCAGGAAGUGAAGCCGGGCUCCUGCCCUGAGUGCCAGUCAGCCGGCCCCUUUGAAGUCAACAUGGAGGAGACCAUCUAUCAGAACUACCAGCGCAUCCGCAUUCAGGAGAGUCCGGGCAAAGUGGCGGCCGGCCGGCUGCCCCGCUCCAAGGACGCCAUCCUCCUCGCCGACCUGGUGGACAGCUGCAAGCCGGGAGAUGAGAUCGAGCUGACCGGCAUCUACCACAACAACUAUGAUGGCUCCCUCAACACCACCAAUGGCUUUCCUGUUUUUGCCACCGUCAUCUUGGCCAACCAUGUGGCCAAGAAGGACAAUAAGGUUGCGGUGGGGGAGCUGACCGAUGAGGAUGUGAAGAUGAUCAUCAGUCUCUCCAAGGACCAGCAGAUCGGCGAGAAGAUCUUUGCCAGUAUUGCUCCUUCCAUCUAUGGUCACGAAGACAUCAAGAGAGGCCUGGCGCUGGCACUGUUCGGAGGGGAGCCCAAAAACCCAGGCGGCAAGCACAAGGUGCGAGGCGACAUCAACGUGCUCCUGUGUGGGGACCCGGGCACCGCCAAGUCCCAGUUCCUCAAGUAUGUGGAGAAGGUGUCCAGCCGAGCCAUCUUCACUACCGGGCAGGGGGCCUCAGCUGUGGGCCUCACUGCGUUUGUCCAGCGGCACCCCGUCAGCAGGGAAUGGACCCUAGAGGCUGGGGCCCUGGUUCUGGCUGACAGAGGGGUGUGUCUCAUCGAUGAAUUUGACAAGAUGAACGACCAGGACAGAACCAGCAUCCACGAGGCCAUGGAGCAGCAGAGCAUCUCCAUCUCGAAGGCCGGUAUCGUCACCUCCCUGCAGGCUCGCUGCACCGUCAUUGCCGCAGCCAACCCCAUAGGAGGCCGCUACGACCCUUCACUGACCUUCUCAGAAAACGUGGACCUCACAGAGCCCAUCAUUUCCCGCUUCGAUGUCCUGUGCGUGGUGAGGGACACAGUGGACCCCGUCCAGGAUGAGAUGCUGGCCCGAUUUGUGGUCGGCAGCCACGUCAGACACCACCCCAGCAACAGGGAAGAGGGGCUGGGCAGCGGCGAUGCCCCGGUGCCGGCCAUGCCCAACACAUACGGCGUGGAGCCCCUGCCUCAGGAGGUCCUGAAGAAGUACAUCAUCUAUGCCAAGGAGAAGGUCCACCCGAAGCUCAACCAGAUGGACCAGGACAAAGUGGCCAAGAUGUAUAGUGACCUGAGGAAAGAGUCCCUGGCCACGGGCAGCAUCCCCAUCACAGUGCGGCACAUCGAGUCCAUGAUCCGCAUGGCAGAGGCUCAUGCGCGCAUCCACCUGCGGGACUACGUGAUCGAGGAUGACGUCAACAUGGCCAUCCGGGUGAUGCUGGAGAGCUUCAUUGACACGCAGAAGUUCAGUGUCAUGCGCAGCAUGCGUAAGACCUUUUCCCGCUACCUUUCCUUCCGGCGUGAUAACAACGAGUUGUUGCUCUUCAUACUGAAGCAGCUAGUGGCAGAGCAGGUGACGUAUCAACGGAACCGCUUUGGGGCCCAGCAGGACACAAUUGAAGUGCCCGAGAAGGACUUGGUGGACAAGGCUCGUCAGAUCAACAUCCACAACCUCUCCGCCUUUUACGACAGUGAGCUCUUUAGGAUGAACAAGUUCAGCCAUGACCUGAAGCGGAAAAUGAUCCUGCAGCAGUUCUGAGCACCCACAGCUGCUGUGCCUCUGGCCGGGACCCGGGCGGUGCUCACUUUGCUCAGACAGGAGCCCAGACCCAGAGCUCCUGGGCAUGGUGUGGCCCAGCUGCUGUGGACCUCCUGGCUGCCCCACACUUCCUGGGCUCAGGCUCGGACUGAGAAUGAUGGUAUUUAUUUCCUUGGCUCCUCUUUGCUUUUUGACCUCUUAGGUGGACAUACUUUGUCAACAUUUUUUAAGAACCACUCGGCAGCCUACCCCCUGCCCACAGGAGGCUUGUCUCCAUUCAGUGCCUUGGAUGGGAGUCACUUGUGUUCAGGAACCUGCAGUCUGUUGGGGGACUGAGUGGAUUCAGGGUGUUAUAAGAACUGUUGCCCUCUUGGUAUAAGGUCCAAGUCCCGGUUGCUUCUGCCUCCUUUGCCAGAGAGCAAGUUCACGGUAAUGGUAGGGUUCUUCUGAGCUCUGUCCUAAGGUUUCCUUAGGCUUCUGUGGGCAGAAGUGAGCACACAGCCCCCCACCCCACACACACACCCUCUGGAAUGGCGGGCCUGGCUGGCUUCCACCUGCAGGGAUGCAAGUAGGGAGGGUUGACAUGAUGGUGAGGACUGGCCCCUGACCAGGAGCUCCGCUCGCCAUCACCCUCAUGUCUUCUCCUGCCUGACCAUUUCCCUGUUCUCUUGUGUGUACAUUGAGUUUUUGUUUCUGUGGUUUUAACUUUUAAUAAAAUUGAAUAAAAUCUAAAUAUUGGUGUUUGUUGGUCUCAGCGC